ACAUGUUCCUCGUCCAGCCCCCUCCGGAUCACGGAAAUACUGAAACCGGGGCGCUCCGUCGACGCCUUUAAAUGCCGGCACAGAUGUUGGCCGGAGCAGGACGCCACGAGGCGAACCACCAACUGCUUCCCCCGCGCCGCCGCCUGUAACGACCACUUCACGUGCCCUAUCUUUCUCCUCCUGCUGUGUUCACGGCUCCCAUCCCCUCUCCAGAGUCUAGGCCCAUCUCCCGAAGCCGCUGACGCAGGAAGGCGAGUCGACAUGGAGGCCAAGAAGAAGUCGGCCGCUUCCGCCGCCGCCGCUGCCGGAGCCGGAGCCGCGCCGCCGCCGGCUAACGGGUACUUCAGCGCCGUCUUCUCCUCGUCUCCUGCGGGGAACGCAAAAGACGCAAAGCAGACGGACUUGUACGCGAUGCUGAACAAGCAGAGUUCUAGAGGGCAGAAUGGCAGUAGCAUCACAGAUAGCAAAUCUCAUGGCCGCACUACAUACAAGGAUGGAAAACAUGCCUAUCCAAAUGAGUCAUCAGAAUCCCCUUAUUUUGGCUCAUCCGUGCAUUACGGUGGUCGGGAGUUCUACAGUAGCUCUCAACAGAAGCAACCUGCCAAUGAACCACCAAGAAAUUAUAAAGAGGACAAUCCAGAUGGCUCUGCUACUAGAGGCGAUUGGUGGCAAGGUUCACUUUAUUACUGAAUAACCUCCUGUGGGCUCUCCUUUUGUGAACAAAGGAAUAAAAGGAGUAGCGCUUGUUGUAGUGUUGGAACUGUUGAUACUGAGCCGUCAGGCAUCAAAAAUCAUAGUUGGGAGUUGGCGUCGGGACUACAUCCGUCUUGUCGGUGGAGGCAGUAUUUAGAUGCAUCAUCUCACCUGGACAGAUGUGGGUGUAGGCCGUGUCCUUCUCAGUUCCCUUUUGCCUUUGUGUUCUUGUGGUUUAGGUGCAGUACUGAAACUACUAAUGGACUGUUAGGUCAGCAGGGAGUAGUUUCAUAAGCAGUUGCCAAAGAGUCGCAGCUCGCAGGAUCACCUGCUACAUGUACUAUGUCUGUGUGUGUGUCUUUGUUCCUGCUAUGUUUCAAAAUGAUUUGGAUUGUACAUACCCCUGUUCCUAAACUAUUGCUCCAA